AACUCGCUGAAUGUUGCAAACACGAUGUGUUGACCACAAGCAGCUAAAAUCACAUUUUAAGAAUGGCUAAUUUAAAAGCGGAAGCACUGGAAGAUGACAGUGAACUUUAACUAUACUUUUGACGGGAUAGUUGGAGCUAAUGUGCUUUUGUUUUUGCAAUAGAACGGACUCAAUAGCUGUAUCUUAGGACAUCUGAAAGCACAACACUAUUGAGAUAUUAUGUUCAGAAUUACACUGUGAAGCUACAGCAUGGAUCCUUUGGGGGCUCGUUCCCAGUUUGUUGAAGUCCAGAACCUCCCCACAUGGGACCAGCCUCAGGGAGUCCAGGACGAGGUGGAUGGAGAAAACCACUUCUUGGAGGAAGAUGACCAGCUGGCUAAUCAACUCAGUUCCUUAGAGUCCCCUUUCCCUUUCAGAAAAGACAUCAACAGCAAGAUUGUACUAUUUAAUGGAGAUGUGGCCCUUUUGAACUGCACUGCAAUCGUCAAUACAAGUAAUGAGACACUAACAGACAAGAAUCCUGUAUCAGACAGCAUCCACAGAUACUCCGGACCUGAAUUAAGGGAUGAACUACUCAAACUGAAAGGAUGUCGGACAGGUGAGGCAAAAAUGACAGAGGGUUUCAACUUGGCUGCACGCUUUAUCAUUCACACAGUUGGACCCAAAUAUAAAGCCAAGUACCGGACAGCUGCGGAAAGCUCUCUUUACAGCUGUUACAGAAACGUCAUGCAGCUUGCCAAAGAACAUGCCAUGGCAUCAGUGGGGUUUUGUGUGGUCAGCACAGUCAAAAGGGCUUAUCCACUGGAGGACGCCACACAUAUAGCAUUAAGGACUGUUCGUAGAUUUCUGGAGAACCAUGGUGAAAACAUUGAGACAGUGGUGUUUGCUGUUUCGGAUGUUGAGGAGCCGGUGUACAGUAAAUUGCUGCAUUUGUAUUACCCUCGUUCAAAAAAAGAGGAGAGGAUUGGUCUGCCUCUCCUCCCUGCCGACAUUGGAAAUGCCGAGGGGGAGCCUGUGGUCACGGAGAGACAGAUCCGCAUUGCCGAAAAGCCAGGAAAACUGGAGGAUGACUCUGGGGAUGACUCACUAGAGUCCGACCUGGGGCUGGUGGGAAGUCAUGCGUUUGCUCGUAUGGAAGGGGAUGUGGAUAAGCAACGUAAGCUCAUCCUUCAGGGCCAAAUGUCUGAAGCAGCCCAGCAGAAACAGCACCAAAGGAACUAUAACCGCUGGCUUUGCAGAGCUCGAGCAGAAGACCUUUCAGACAUAGCGGCAUUAAAGGCACUAUAUCAGACCGGUGUUGAUUUGUGUGGUAGAACAGUCAUGGUUGUUGUUGGCAGGAAUAUUCCAGUUACACUUAUUGAUAUGGAGAAGGCUUUGCUGUAUUUCAUCCACGUGAUGGACCAUAUCACAGUGAAGGAGUAUGUGAUGGUGUAUUUCCACACACUCACCGGUGAACACAACCACCUGGACACCGACUUUCUCAAGAAGCUUUAUGACAUUGUGGACGCCAAGUUUAAGAAAAACCUGAGGGCUUUCUACUUCGUUCACCCGACAUUCCGCUCCAAGGUCUCUACGUGGUUCUUCACUACGUUCAGUAUAUCAGGCCUUAAAGAGAAGGUCCAUCACAUAGAGAACCUACAGCAGCUCUUCACCUGCAUCUUACCCGAGCAGAUCGACAUCCCUCCUUUCGUCUUGGAGUACGACACACGGAUUAACAGCCCCUAUUACACGGCUCAGUCUUCAGGCCUGUGAUGGCGUCAAAUAGACCCAAAAUCUAGACCUGCCUCUUUCCAGCGAGUGGAAACUCAACCUGAUGACCCCGACUCUGAUGUGAACAAGAUGAACGCAGUCAAAAGUGCAUCUUUGCUGUUUCUGACCCGCAAGUUUUCUCUGUGACAGUGAGAGACUGUCAAUCAAUAAUGCUGUAUAAACACAUCCUGCUGAAACCUGCUGAACGUGCCACAGGCCUGUACUAAACCCAGAUGUCAUUGAAGGAACCGCUUGCCUGACCCAAGCUAUUUUUCGACAAGGUAGUGGGGGGGGGGACUAUAGAUGAAGAGACAAACAUACUAAACUCAUAUUUUUUACCAAUAUGAAACAUGUACCAGUGUCUGCGUGAAUAAUGGCUGAAAAUGGCCGAAACCAUUCUGGUUUUAAUUUCUUAUGUCCCCUGGCCAUCGUCAUCCGAAAGCCUCAUAUUUUGCUGUCCAAACUGUUUUGUUGUUUCAUCUUUUAUCUCAAUUCUCUUUUUUUCAGCCACAAGCACUUUUACAGCUUUAUCUGAGGUGUCAAACAACCAUCACUACAGUUUCCUGAGGUUUGACGGGAAGCAACUUUUCCUUGUGUUGUGAGGGUUAUGCUUUCACAAAGAUUGCUUUGUGUAGCUCUAAAACCAGGUUGGCCUGUUGAGAUUUCUAUUAGCAUUUUAAUAAAAGUAUUUUCUUCUGUUCCUUUCAAUACGGUACAUCAGUGUUCUGGAAGCUUCACCCAAGGUACACUAAAAUCUUGCAGAGCACCAGUUUGUAUUUCAUUUGAAGCAGAUUUACAAGCACGGCCGAAGGGAUGUGUCAGAGAGCUCAUCUCAGAAUGGAGCACUGUAAAUAGAUCAUUGUAGUUAUUGCAGAUGCUGUCUGGAAUUAUUAAUUCAGUUUUUUGUUUUUUUGUUUUUUUAAGUCAGCACUUAGUGUAGCUGUGAAGUGAUUCUUGUUAAAUUUUGUACAAUUUUAAAUGAAGUAUGACGUAUGAAUUAUGACAAUGAAGAAAGUAAUAUUUGAAUAAACAAUAUGAACUCAGAAUA